CUGAAGUUGUAUUUAUUUAUUAUUAUAGCUUAAACAUUUUAAUCGUUUUAGAACUAAUAAAGUAAUUAUUAGUAAUACAAUUAUAUUAACAAAUAAACUUUAAUGUUGAAUAGUAAAGUUUCUCGAUAACGCUCGUAUGGCCAACGUAAUCGCUUGGAACUGUAAUUUUUUGGAUCCCACUUCAUAUAAUUGGAAUGAUAAGGCAACCACAGAUGACCUAACAGACGGCUGUCGAACCAUCGAUCAUACCAGUGCGACGACGUGCAGCGAUGAAUUUAUGUUCAUAUCAAAAACGAAAAAAUCGUCUGUAGCAACUGUUAUUACUCCGGAUAGUUCGCAAAUUACUCAUAGCAAAUUCAAGUCAACAGUCGACAACGACGACACCAGUGCAGAGAUAUGCUCGGAAGAAAUAGUUGGAGGCUCUACUACAUCGACGGUGUCCGGACAUAACGUCAAAUCUACGCAGCAUCCUUCCAUCACAUUAUCCGAGCACAAUGAUAAUAAUUCUAUGACGACGAAGUGCUCUAUAGUGGAACAGAACAUACGGCCUUAUAAAUCAGCUGGAUAUGACGGUUCAAGCUCAAUGAUGGUUGCGAGGAAGACUAAGUGUUUAAACUGUUCAAAUGUUAUGACUUUAUACACUGAUUACAAAUACGUAAGAUGUCGCGUCUGCCAAUAACAAUUGAUGAAACCUAAACCGAAGUUAUUUAAAAGUUUUUUUUUAUAUAUAUAUUAUAAUAUUGUUCUCAAUAACCUAAUUAAGUGUUAUCCUGUUUAAUGUUCAUGUUCACAAUAAAAAUUGUACACAAUUUAAAUAAUUAUUUGUCUAUAAACGCGUGUGUUAUAUAAAUAUUCAAUAAAAUAUUAAAUAAUUGUUAUUAUUUGUUUAAUUUCCGAUAUUAUUUUUGAAUAAUUUAAGUAAAAAACGACAGAAUGAUAUUGAUCUAUUAUAUUAUUAAUAUACAUUUCUUUUUACCCAUUAUACGUAUGGCUUAUUAUAGUGUAUUAAAAAAAUAUAAAAAUUCCUUUUAAAUUAUUAAAUAAUCAAAUUACUGUCCAUAAUAUUAUGAUUAGAAUAUAUUAUUAACUUCAUAACAAUGUAUGCAAACAAUUAUAGAAUUAAUUUUUAUUAUAUUUUAAGAAAAUAACAAAAUAGUACAUAAUGAAGUAUCUGUCAUGUAUUAACGACUCCAGGAAACACUUACAAUUAUACAGGUACAUUACUUUUUACCUUUAUCCUGUAAUCAUUUUAAGUUACAAUAUUAUAACUUUUAACAUUUAUUUUUGUUAAUAUUCAUAUACAAAUAUUAAGACUAAUACUAUUAUAUUACCAUUAAGUUAUAUUUUACUAAUUACAUAUUUUUGUUAAUGAUGUUAUAUUAAAUAUUAUUAAGUCACUUACCAUAAUCUUUUAUAACAGUAUAAUAAAUAAUAAAUUGAUUUUCGUUUUUCGAUCCAAAGUUA